AUGGCAAAACUGGGCCGCGGCGUGAAGGCGGCUGGGAGAGUGAAGAAGGGUGGGGCGGGGGGUAAAUUCACAUGGGGAGGGCUAAUGUCACCGGGGCUCGACCGCGCGCCGUCGCCUGUGCUAGACCGCAAUGACCCCAACUACGAGUCAGGCGAGCCUCGGAAAGCAGAUUUGAAUUUUGAACAUUAA